AUGUGCCGAAGACUGACAGAUCUCAGCCAGCUAAGCUGGUGGAAUCGCGAAAGUGAUGGGUUCUGGGGUGACCCGGAGCUUUGCGGUGGCGAGGAUGCAGCCGCCGGCUCGCCGUCGGAGCUGGCGAUGCUAACAGCAGAACACCUUGGUGAGCCCGCUUUGGCCCAUCGCAUAGACGAAGUUGCAGCCCGCGUGGCACGCAACGGCUUCCAGGUGGUUGAUCUGGAGUCGCGGCCGCCUGCUGCAGGGGAUGCGCUCUUUCACCAGGUGUCCUUCUGCAAUCAUUGCUGUGCUGGGCUCUCGAAUGCGACUUGGACCUGGAGUGCCUCCAAAGGCCUGUUGCUGCGCGCGACGCGCGCGGUGAGCUCCGGCGAGGAGCUGACCAUCAGCUACAUUGGAAAGCCCUGGUGUGAUCUUGCGCGCCCUGCACGGCGAAGAUAUCUGAAGCAGAAUUUCAACUUCGUCUGCCUGUGUAAGGCUUGCGCAAAUCCGGAUGCAGCCACAGGUGUUGCGCCGGCUUUGCAAGCUCCAAAAGCGAACAAGCUCCAGGGCCUCUUGCUCAAGUGGCUCACGGAGGCGCCCGCCGAGAUUGUUGAGCAACGCCCCUUUCAGUUCCUGCAGUGCUAUGCCCUUUCUUCCGGGCUCCGCAAUGCCGCCAUCACAGCCGGAAGUGUUGGACUCGCGGCAAGCGCUGACUGGGCCUUGCGAGGCCAGUUGCAGGAUGCCGCAAAGUCGCUGGCAGUAAAGGCGGUCAAUCUUGAAAGUGAAGAGUGGGAGAAACGGAAAGGCCCGGCAGCUCACGGGCUGCCUGCGCGGCCCUUGGCGAAGGCCGCCGCCGUCGCUUUCGUCGCUUUUGGCCUCCUGGGCCUCGGCGCCUUCUUUGGCCUCGGCGGCCUCGGCCUUGGCCUCCGAGGACCGAGGCCCUCCUCGGAGACGGACGGAGAGGUCAGACCGCCCCUUGACAGACUGAUCUUCAAGGGCGAGGUGGACAACCUGCACAUCGUCGCAGGCUACACUGAGUUCGCCCACGUGAAUUGCUUCGACCAUCGUGGCGCCACAUCGGCCGGGAACGGAAGCAUGGGCGUAGAGAAGCUACGGCGGGUCAUUCGGCUGCUACUGAUGUGCAUGGCGGGCAGCCAGGCUUUCACAGGCACGAGCACUGCCAUGGCUUCGUCAUCUUCUACCGCUGCUCGAGCCAAAAUGAGGUGGGGGUGCAUGGACCUGGUGGUCGUCUCUGAGACACGUGGGUUGGGCGUCGCUUUCGGUGGCCCACUCGUGUACUUAGAGGGCUCCUGGGAUUGGGUGCGCCUUUCUCUGGCUUUUGCACACCUGGGCACCUACUCCUUGAGGGCCCAGCUCUCAACCAUGGAUCCGACGGAGACGGAGCUGAACGCCAUCACGGACCUGGCCGGCGUCUUCACAUGGGCCGGCGUGACCGGGUUCUUGGAACAAUCCCUCAGGCCGGCUUGGGACACGAUGGCUGCAUCCCUCCACGUUCCUGGCUCCGUGGACGCUGAGGGAAAUUCCGGGCCCCUCCGUGACCUCACCUUGGUGGAGCAGGCCCGUAUCGAGUCGACCAGGAGGGUGGCUCUACUGAGGAUGGGCAUCCCGCCGGACUCUAUGGGCACGCCUGGGCCUUCGGCACCCGCUCCUGUGGCAGGACCGGGUGCACCUGCGCCGGGUGGACAAGCAGGCGCCGGAAGCCGUCGCCUCAAGCUGUCGGCUGUUCUGGACCCCACCCUCGACGCCGACGUGGUCUCCCUUGGCAACCUCGAGAUUCAGAAGCUCUAUGCCGACUACAAGGCAAAAUUCGGGGACCAUCCGAGUGUGGAGGCGGACCCUUCGGCAGACCAGCUGGCGUCCCUUAAGCAAGUGGUGGCGGCAGGGUCGGUUCCCUACGCGGACUUCUCCUUGUUCGGCCCUCACGGCUUGCGCCUGCUUCGCAAACAAACGUUCACCAGCUACACCCUGAACGUGGCGACGGGCGAGUGGUCUAAGAAGGAGCAGCCGGGCCCAUCUUCAUACCACUCGUGGGUGGAGGCGAAGAAGAAGCGGUACGAAGGCGAGGACCAGAGUGUCAAGCAAGAUGGCGUCUUCGUGAAGAACCGGAUGGCUGCAGUCACCAGUGCAAUCUUUGCCUUGGCCCACACACGGCAAUGGAUUGCACCCGCAGCUGACCCGAGCCAGCUCCAGCUGAUCCUAGGCACGGCCGGAAGGGAGCAAAGCAAAGAGACCGCGCAGAACCGGAGCAGUGUCUAUACAAAGAGCUUGGUGCAGGUGCCUCCCGUGGAAAGCACCUACCCCGACUACGCCCUGGCUACUGGUGCUCUUCAGCGGCCGCCGUCGAAAGGGGACCUCCCGAACUGGUUGGCACACUACGGCCUCAUGGUGUGCUGCCUCGACCUCGUCUGCGACACUCCCUGCGACGUGUUGGACGAGGCGAAGUGGAGCCAGGUCGAGAAAGACAUCAACGACGGCAACUUCGCAGCAUGCUGGGCUGCGACUCCGUGCGGCACCUUCAGCCCUCUUCGUGAAGUACGUCCGGGGCCCCGGCCACUCCGCACGGUCGAAGAGAUUGAAGGAGUGGGGGGCCUGUCCCCAAAGGAGAAGGCGCAGCUGAAGGAGGCCAACAUCCUGGUCGAGCGCACCUUCGACGCCCUUUCUUUGAUCUGGGACCACAAGGGGACCUGGGGCUUGGAGAACCCCGUCCAUGGCAGCAACAGGCCCGAGCUGUGGCAGAUGCCGCUCAUGCGCCAGCUGGCCCAGCUGGAUCGCACGUCUGAGGUUGUCUUCGAUCAGUGCCGGCUUGGCCUCAACACUGUGAAGCCAACCAAGAUUUUUAUUCAGCUCCCACGCCGCAGUCACGAGAGCACGGCUGGCAAGCGGACGCGGGAUGCUUCGGGCGAGCACUGGGCCUCUCGGGUCCAAGGCGAAUACCCGCCCCACCUCUGCCAGGUCGUCGCCCACACCCUCUUCCAAGGCAUCCGCCAGCGAGCCUUGGAAACCGAGGAUUUGUGCAAAGAAACUGACCCGGGCCUGGAGUUCCAGGCCCUCGUGCCCAAGGAGCCCAGGACAGAAAGAGAGGAGCAGAACAGCCAGGCACUUGGCGGGAUGAGGAACCCGCGCCGCUCUUUGGACAGAGUCCAGGGCGCGCGCCAGGUAGGCCGCGCCCUGCAUAAACUGUUGCGGGGCUGCUUGGCCAAGUGGCCGGGCCUCAAGCUGCCGGCCAAGGCCAUUCUUCGGGGGGAGGCGCCGGACGAGCUGGGCGACAAGCUCGUUGACAAAGUCAGAACGGCCGUGCUCACAGUUCUGGGCGCACCGGACGAG